UUCUGAAUCUACGAAAUGCUGCUAUAUAAUAGGAUAGACUCCGCGAUCGGCGCCACCUGGACGGCCGACCCGCGAGCUAAAAUCUCGCUCGCGCCGCGACCCGACUCGGCUCGACGGACGAGUGCAGCAGCAGCGCAGCUCUGCAGCGGCAGCAGAAGCACGGAGCAGCGAGUCAGCAGACCAAGCAAACAGCUAUAGCAGCGCUGCGGCCCGUUGGUGUGUGUCGUCCAAGGAAGGAAAAUGGCGUCGUCUUUGGGCGCCGCCAAGCUGCCCCCAGCCUCGGCCCCUGUCAGCCCAGCCAAACGGCGGAGGCUCGAGCGCGACGACGAGGAGCCGCUCGAGCCCGGAGCUGGGCCCAGCAGCUUCAGGCCGUCCAGCCCCGAGGCCAAAGCUGUCCCGAACGACAACGAUGGCCUCGCCGAGCUGAGCGAUGGGGUUAAGUCGGCAUCCACGUCGUCCGACGGUACCAACUCGUCGACUACGCCGACCCGAACCGAUUCCAUGAGCGACGAUACUGGAUUUCCACUUGACACCGCAGAUGAGAAGGAUGAAGUCUCUUCGACAGUUUCUAAUCUCUCUGACAUUACUGGAAUUUCAAUAUUGUCCGAUGACGGUGAAGGCGCUAUGGAGUGGAGAAAUGCCUCUACCUGGGUUGAGAAGCAGAUCCAGAAGGGUACCAACCCCAGAGAUGUGCUCAAAGUUCUGUUUUCUGAUCCAUCCGAGAUCCCUGAACGAGUGGACGAUGUCAUUCUGUGGCAGAUUGUUAUCAACAUGAUGUCGGAGCCACCAAAGAGGCAAAAACUCACUCAUGUAAAUACAAUGUCAGAUGUGGUGGAGUUGAUCAAGAACAGCAAAAACAUCAUUGUUCUCACCGGAGCUGGCGUGAGUGUCAGCUGUGGUAUUCCCGACUUCAGAAGCAGAGAUGGCAUUUACUCCAGAUUAGCUCAGGAUUUCCCUGACUUACCGGAUCCACAAGCUAUGUUUGACAUCAAUUAUUUCUCUCAAGAUCCAAGACCGUUCUUCAAAUUUGCGCGGGAAAUUUACCCUGGACAGUUCAAGCCCAGUCCUUGUCAUCAAUUCAUAAAAAUGUUGGAAAAGCAGAAGAAGCUUUUGAGAAAUUACUCACAAAACAUCGACACCUUAGAGAGAGUGGCAGGAAUCAACAAUUUGAUAGAGUGUCAUGGUUCAUUUGCGACGGCAUCUUGCACUAAGUGUAAAUACCAAGUUAAAUCCGAUGAUGUGAAGGCAGAAAUAUUCGCUCAAACGAUUCCCAUGUGUCCAAAGUGUCAGGAGCAGUCGUUACCAUCCAUAACAGAUCCAACUUCCAGCGACAACUAUAGAGAUAUCGUGGCACAAGGAGUUAUGAAACCUGAUAUAGUAUUCUUUGGGGAAGGCCUUCCAGAUGCUUUCCAUGAUGCAAUGGCUAGUGAUAAAGAUGUUUGCGAUCUUUUGAUUGUUAUUGGUUCUUCACUGAAAGUUCGACCUGUAGCAUUGAUCCCUUCGUCAAUUCCUUCACACGUUCCACAAAUUUUAAUCAACCGAGAAUCGUUACAACAUUUGGAGUUCGACGUUGAACUUUUAGGAGACGGUGACGUUGUGAUUAAUCAACUUUGUCAUAUGUUGGAUGGCAGUUUCAAAGAAGUAUGCUGGCGGGACACCGUGCUACAAGAGGCUCAAAAACUUCUACCGCCUGAAUUCCCAUUAAGUGAUGCAUGGGACCAAAGUCAAGAUACUUUAACAAACCAACAUUUUUCACAAGAUAGUGCACAGGUGGAUCAAGAUAAUUUCUUAGUACAGUCCACUACGUCCAAAAGAACGCUACGAGUAUUUGAGCAAGAUGAGCAGGAUGAAAGCGCUACGUUAGACGACCGACCAUGGAAAAAAAUAAAAAGUGAUACUGAUUUAAAGGAGUUACUUAAUGAUGAACCUAUCUCUUCAAUGACAUGCUCGAAAUUCUACUCAAGUCUUGAAGAGUACUAUGAGAAAAAGAACCAUACUGACGAAGAUAUGUUAAAGAACCCAAGUUGCGAAAGCGACAACGAAAGUGUAUCCGAAAAAACUGGGAGCUCUGAAAGUCAAAAAGUCAAUGAUGAGCAAGAGGACAAAAAGCCACUCGAUGACAGGCCAUGGAAUAAAGAGGAAAGCAAAAGGAGUAAUGACGAGUCUAGUGAAUACACAGAGGAUAGUAAAAUUACGGAAAGCGAAUGCGUAAACGUAAGGAGUUUAUCAUUCCACUCAGAAUACACAGAACAUACCGUCAAAAACUUAACCUUUAUUGAGGAAACUCACGACAGACAUUUAACCAGUUUAAGUUAUACAAACAGUCCAAAGUCUCUAGGUUCUCCUCGAAAAAGCAUAACAUUAAGUUCGGGCGAAAGUCCAACAACGUCGUAUGAAUCUUCAAGAGCAACAGAAGAAAUUUAUAUUUCUGAAGAUUGCCAUGUCGUUCCGAGAAUCGACUGUUUGAGAGAUGACUCGGCCUCAGAAGGAAAUUUGGAUGCCUCUAAGACUUCGGACAAAUUGGAGCUGAAACCACGACAUGCUUCGAUAGAUUCGGUCAUGGAUUCCGCUUUGGGAGACAGUUGUAGUAGCUCUGAUUGUCAAAAAGGCAAACAUGAUAUAGAUAGCAACGACGAAAGUAAAAGAUUUGAUAAACUGGACCAUUCGUCUUGGCAACCCAUUGACAGAGAAAGUCUUGCUUCUCGACUGCCAGAAAAUACUUACUAUCAAAUGAAGCCAGGAAAAUACAUUUUCCCGGGUGCAGAAGUUUACACGAAUUUUCCGUGGAACGAGGGAGUGCUUCAAAUUGGUGGAUUAAGAUCAGCAUUAACUGCAAGCCAACUUAGUGAUCACUGACAAGAGCAAGAUAUACUUGAACAGGAGUAAUUAGGAAGAGAUACAAAGAAAAUGGUCUAGGAGAAGCAUGCUGAUGCUAGUAUGGAAAAGACUGAGGCCAAAGGGAUAAGCAUAUUUUCAGUCGCAGUGCAAAACAAUGAAAUUCGUAAGAAUUUCGUCCGCUCCGGAAGAACCGUUGUUAGGUGAUUAUGUACGCGACUGUUGAGUCAUAACUCAAAGUGCGGUGCAUUUAAAAAAAUCUUUUAUUGUUGAAAAGUAGAUGAUAAAACUUAUUCGAGAAAUCAACUAUUAGAAGCAAGAAAAGCUUAGGUAGAUUUUCUUAAUGGAUAAAGUAUCUCUUUCGAAGCUAUAGAACAAAAUCGUUCUGAAAAGUUAAAUUAUUUGAUUCACAAAGCAAAAUUUAGGGUGUUAGUUGUGAUAGUUUAAGGAGCUCUCACGAGCCCUUGAAUGCUGCAUCCGCAUCGAUCAAAGUCGUUCAAGAGUAUACUUUAUAAAAGACGCAGGAAUGCAAUCUGAUCUCUACUCUUUCAGAUUCACGUUGAUCGUUGCUUAUUUAUCUGUGAAUGCCUUGUAAAUAUAGAGCCGCAAGUUGAGCAUUCAAUUAAUUGAAUUCGUACAUAAUUCGUAUACAUUAUAGGCACUCUUCACACCGUUCUUUUGAUUAAAUUAACCAUUGUAUAUACAAAAGUGCAUACAUCAACCCAUUUCCGUAAUCAACUUAUUUACGUCCAGAUGCGUAUAAAAUUAAGAUCGUCUGAUUCUAUCUUUAAGCAGAUGUAACUAUACUUUUUAUCUGUAUGAAAUGUAUGAAAAGUGCAUUAAUUUUAACAGUUAGAGAAGUGCGCGCGUGAGUUUAGUCAGAAUGUUCCUUUGCUCGGAUUUUUCUGACGGUAGAGUCCUUAUCUAAAUAAAGGACAUUAAUUCGAGAUUAUUUCCAGUAGGGUACAGAAAUGUAUAAAAUAUUAGUUUUCAGACAGUGUUAAGACUAAUUGAACGGGCGUUGCAGUGAUAAUCUCAGCGAUUGAUUCGAAUCUGUAAAACAGUACUCGAGAUUAUCAAAGUAAACUCGGAGUGGUCUGCAUUAGUUUGCUCCCUGAAUGCUAGUUUUUUAACACUCCCAGACAUGCAACUUCUCUGCCAUCAUUCGCAGAGGAAGUGUAUGUAGCGGAUAGUUUAAUACUUAUUUGAGCCACCAUCGAAUUGAAUGAAUCCAUUGUAUAUGUACAUUUCUUUAUAUUUAUUUUUUUACCGCAAAUGGAAAAUUAACAAAAAGCAAUAAGAGUCUUUAUUGCGCUCCAGUGCAGUGAUUCGAGUCAUUUUUCGCAUAUCAUCAAGUUAUUUAUAUUUAUUUUGUUGUUAUAAUGGUUCGAUAAGUUGAACUUUCAGUUUUCAUUGGAGCACGGGCGAAUGUACAAAGCAAUGUUGGAUAGCUUCGCAUUGCGCGUUAUUUUUAUAUGAAAGAAAGAAAUUGUAGAGUAGGCAGCGUAACAAAAAAGAAAAGUAAGCGCAACAAUCUCUGACAAAUGUUCGCCGACACGUUUUGCUCUAUAUCAUCGUGUUUGAUUGUCAAGCAUCCUUUUGUAGACGUUCUUGCGGUUUUGUCGAAAUUGUUGCUGUAGCUUGUACUUUCUAAGGAACAAAGAGGUUGUGUGCAAGUAUAUUAGCAAAGCAUAAAUUUAUAAAUAUAUAAAUAAACAAAUAACAUGUAUAAUAGGUUUAGUAUAUUGAAGUAAAAGUGUAAUGAAAUUUCGGCGACUCGAUGUAAGAGUCGCUGUCGCUCGACGUAAGAAUGUUUUUAAAACAAAAAUCGCAAAUCUUUCGCCACAGCAUGAUAUUAAAAAUACAAAUUAAUAUCAUAGGUCUAGCGAGGAUCGUAAGGUUUAUGAUUACCAAGUAACUUAGUAUGAAGUCUUACAGUUUUGGUUCCUCGCGCUGAGUAUAUAUAUAUAGCAUUUUAUAUGACUAGACGAAAGAUUCUGCUUUGUAUAAAUGGCUUUAUUUAUCAUCACAUCAUUAUCAAAUGUAUACACUUUUUUAAAGCUAUUUUCUCUACGCAUACUUUUUAUUUAUUAAAAUCGAUAAGCUCACAAGCGAAAGUUGGUUCACUCUCUCUCUCUUUCUCUCUCUCUCUCUCUCUCUCUCUCUCUCUCUCUCUAUCUCUGUCUCGUUUUUACACUUUGACGCAAUAUCGUCGACGUAUUCACCACUGCUAUGAUAUUAAUAUUCAUUCGCUGCAUUGCGUCCUCUGUUUUUUGACUUGUUAUAACCGAUGGGAUCGCGUGUGAAUGUGCACCUGUAUACGACCGAGAGAGAGAGAGAGAGAGAGAGAGAGAGAGAGAGAGAGAGAGAGAGAGAGAGAGAGAGAGAGAAAAUAUCUGCGAGUCCGAGAGAGGCGUUUGUCUAACACCUUCUAAAAAUCGACAAUCAUACCAACUUUUUUCGACAGUACUGAUUUUUCUUUUUCCUUUUUUUUCAUUCUUUUGUAUAGUUACGUCGUCGUGUAAAUAUUUAUUAUUUUUACUUAUGUACACAUAAUAAUUAAUUAUAUAUUUGUAUAGCGAAAUAUAAAACUCCGGCUGAGCGACCUGAGCGUGAAAAGUCAUCUCCAUCACCUAUAUAUUUCAUCUUUAUUUACACCCCAUUCACUGCUUGCAUAACGUUGAGUUUUCACAAUCAGGCCGCCGAGCUGCAGUUAGGUGCAGAUCCUCUGAAUUUUUUAUAAUUUGUUAUUUAAUGUAAUGAAUGUUAUGAAAAUGUUUUCUUUAUUAUCCAUGUUGUAAGAAUAUUCUGUUUCUUUGGUAUUACUAACGUAUAAGCAUAUACUAUGUAAAUUAAACAUUUUUCUAUAAUAGAAAGCGUCUUUUCUUAUUAUUUCUAAACUUAAGGUUAUACUCAUAAAUCCUCCGAGACCAAUACCUUGCAGAAUCACAACUGGUCUUUGAUGCAUAUUCUCCAUGCGCUCAGCAUCGAGAAAAUGAAACUUCGGUUCAACGAGUAAUUUUGGAUAUUUUAACAAGAGCAGAUUUAUAUGUAUAUAUAUAUAUAUAGUUGAAAUAUUUUAAUCGAAAAGUUACCUUGCGAUUGCGCUUUCCCCCUAUAAAAGCGUGCGCGCAAUUGUGAUGACAACUUUUGCUGAAGAGGAAAAAUUAAGAUGAAAAAAUUGUAGCUCGUUAUAAGUAGUCGAUAUCACAGUAUAGUUAAGGAGUUCUCUCAUAUUAAAAUUUAAUGAAAGAAAACACAUUAACGAUGAAAAAAAGCGUCUUAUAAUGAGCUGCUGUAAUAAUCUUUGAUAAACUAACGACUGAUACGACGCGUGGUGUCUUUAAUUGCUAUCUGUCUUCCCUUUCGGACGACGAGCAAUUGCAAGAUAAAGAAAACCCGCUGUGAUUUCGUAAAAAUUUCACAUUGACAUAAGUACGGCAUUCUGAAAUCUGUAAACUUUCAAAAAAGCAAUAAAGAAAAUGUCUCUAAUUACAAACAA